GCCUUCCCCCCCACGCUGUCUGCUUGCCACUGAGGACUUGGCUUUGUCACCAACCGACCGGCAAAAUGUGCAAAGGAUUAGCUGCCUUGCCCCACACAUGCCUGGAGAGGGCCAAGGAGAUAAAGAGCAAGUUGGGCACGCUCCUCCAGAAGCCCGAAUCUGCUAUUGACCUGAUCAUCCCUUACCCAGAGAAGCCGGAGAAGCCCACAAAGGCUCAGAAACCUUCUCCUGAGGAAGCUUGGCAGUGGCGUAACUCUCUGGAAAAACUCCUUCAAAACCCUUAUGGACUUGCCAGCUUCCGGAACUUUCUCCUGUCUGAGUUCAGCGAGGAGAACAUUGAGUUCUGGAUCGCUUGUGAAGAUUAUAAGAAAAUCAAAUUACCUGCCAAAAUGGCUGAGAAAGCCAAGAAAAUCUAUGAGGAGUUUAUCCAAAGUGAGGCUCCUAAAGAGGUGAACAUUGACCAUUUCACCAAAUCCGUGACUAUGAAGAACUUGGUGGAGCCCUCUGUGGGCACCUUUGACCUGGCCCAGAAGAGAAUCUUCAUGCUGAUGGAGAAGGAUUCCCUGCCCAGAUACGUGCGCUCAAAUAUAUAUCAAGAGUUAAUCAAGUAGCAAUGCUGCAGAGCUGUGCGAGACACUGGCACUCCCACCUCUACGCAGGGUCCUUUGCUUACUCCAAAUAACCAGUUUUGUUUCCGUUUUUUAUCUUGGUAGUUGCUCUUGCUUUAUGUAUAUAUAUAUAUAUUGCAGCUGAUAAAAGUUGAAAGAGCUGUGUUGUUAAAAGUCCCACCUUCACUGUUUCGGUCCAUUUCCCACUCUAGAUAAUUCCCUUUUAAUGUUUCCUCUCUGUUCCUGCUCCCCCACGUUCAUUAGCACAGGCCUGUACAACUUAGGGAUGCCAGCCUCCAGGUGGGACCUGGGGAUCCCCCAGAAUUACAGCUCCUCUCCAG